CUAUUCAAAAGCACAGCCUGCACCUCAAUAACAUUGGGCGAACGUCACGUUACGUGAUUAAUAUUUAUGACCCUGCCUUCGCUAUAGUAGGAUUGAUACAUUCGUGGGCGGGCUAUCCUAGAAUAGUCUGCAGAUUAGAACAGUAUCUUAGGUGGUUUCUAAACUAAAUCAAUCAACACAGACCCACUAUAUUAGAAGGAAUGGAGGACACAAAGCCUGAGGAGACGAAUGUGGAGGAGCAGAAAGAUGAGGAGAAUAAGAUCUGUCCAGAGAAACUGGAGGAAGCCAAACUGAAGUCCAAAUACCCUCACUUGGGUAAUAAGCCUGGAGGAUCCGAUCUGCUCAGAAAAAGACUGCAGAAGGGGGUGAGAUUCAUUCAAUGCUCUCUUUCUGCCCACAUUGGUAGGGUCAAUAACUGUGUUAUAAGAGGAGAUCCAGAUCACAGGGCUUUGGUGGUUUUACACAGGCAGUAG